AUGGCGGCGACAGUGCCGCCACCAAACGAUGAACCGGGCAAAAUCCACCAGCCUGUGGACCCGGCCGACAGCGACCUCGAUGCGGAGGGAGAGGAAGAAACCGACUUGUACGAGAUGGACCAACAGCUUCAAGAUGCUGUUCACCGAGCAUACACUGGAGAGGCCGAUGAGGAUGGACCAGACGAAGCUGCGGACGGAAGCGCGGACGUCAACGGCCUGAAUGGAGAUGGUGGCGACAAUGACGAGACAGAGCCUGUUGGUGCUGUCAAGCUUGCCGACGAGGAUGCGCCAUCAGAAGAAGACUAUGCGGAGUCUGAAACAGCCGAUGCAGAUGCCGACCCCGUGUUUGAAGACAAUGACCGUGACGCAUCAGAACCCGAGUCGACUGAUCAUGAAUCAGAAGCUGAAGACUGGGAGGCAGAGAGUAAUGAUCAUGAGGAUGUUGAGACUGAAAUCCGCAGUCGCGCAAACUGCGUGUUUUGCAGUCAAGACGAAGAGCAUGACCCAAGUGAAGAUUUUGAGGAAUGGUUGACUUGCAUUGUCUGUGGUGAUCACUCUCAUCGCCAGUGCGCUCGUGAGCAAGAAGCGUUUGAUGAUUCCGAAGAUCCGUGGAGGUGUCUCACUUGUGUUCGUGACAAUUUACAACCUGACCCAAUAGAAAGCGAGGUGCCAGAACAGAAAGCCUCGUUUCUUCCCAAAGAGCUUCUACCUGCACACGCCGGCAAACACCACGAAGGGUUUCAUUCGAUUUUCGACACGGGAGUUAACGAAGAGAUACUUAACAGCUCGCGGUCGCUGCGCAAGCGUAAGGCAUCUUCGGUUGAGGCUGAAGAACAUGUACCUGUUCUUCGGAAAAGGCUACGUCAAACAUCAUUCCGCGGCGAGCACCCUGACUUGAACGGCACAACCUUUGAGGGUGCUGAUGCUGCCGAGGUCGAUCCUCACUCUCCUGCUCGGACGCGUUCUGUGCGUGUUCGACGCACGCGUGCUCUGGAUCGAGAACACUGCCGCGUGGUAACCAGCCAGUUUGGAAAACUUAUCGUCGGAUUUCGACUUGACGAAGCCAGAAUGUCUAAGAUCAUAGGCAUCCAACCGCGACCACAGCGCAAGAAGAAGAAAGCGUCAAAGCCACCAGUCGUGCCUCCAGAACCCCAAGCUCACUUUGUUCCGCUUCCCCCUGUAUCCUACAACACCAUUACUUUGUUCGACCGAGAGACCGAUGACCCCAAAUCCAAACCAUAUGGGGGCAUUCUAUCCGAGGUCGAGCAAGACACCUCCAAAACACUUCCGACGCAAUUCGAUCGUGAACGAUUUGAACAGGCUCGCCUGAAAGCCGAAGAUGAAUGGCAACAGAAAGUCAGAGAGGCAGAGCUUAACGGCGAAGCCACACCACAUGCUUCACAAAAGGUGUCUGGUCCUCCCUCGAAGAUCAAAUACAUCAACUUUGGUGGCUAUGAGAUCGAAACUUGGUACGCCGCGCCUUACCCGGAGGAAUACAGCCGCAACCGUGUUCUGUACAUCUGCGAAUUUUGUCUCAAGUACAUGAAUUCCGACUAUGUCGCCUGGCGCCACAAGCUCAAGUGUCCCGCUAAGCACCCUCCUGGGGACGAGAUCUAUCGCGAUGGAUCGAUCUCGAUCUUCGAGGUCGAUGGACGGAAGAACCCAGUCUACUGUCAAAACCUUUGCCUCCUCGCCAAACUCUUCCUUGGCUCCAAGACUCUUUACUACGAUGUUGAACCCUUCUUAUUCUAUGUCAUGACGGAGUACGACGACUUAGGUUGCCAUUUCGUUGGCUACUUCAGUAAAGAAAAGCGUCCAAGUUCGGCAAACAACGUCUCCUGCAUUCUCACUCUACCCAUUCAUCAGCGAAAAGGCUAUGGAAACCUUCUCAUCGACUUUUCCUACCUCCUCACUCGCAUUGAAGGCAAAAACGGAUCUCCCGAGAAACCACUUUCUGACAUGGGUUUGGUCUCUUAUCGAAACUACUGGCGACUCAUCUUGUCUUACCAGCUUCGUGAUCUGAAGACGCCUGUCAGCAUCGCAGACCUAUCUGAUCUAACCGGAAUGACGGCAGACGAUAUCGUCUCUGCUCUUGAGGGACUUCGGGCUCUUGUGCGGGAUCCCAUCACCAAGACCUACGCAAUCCGACUCGACUACAAGUAUUACGACGAAGUCAUCAGCGGCUGGGAGAGCAAGGGCUACGUUCAGCUGAAUGAAGAUGCGCUUCUUUGGACACCUUAUAUCAUGGGCCGUAGCAACCAGUCACACUUCGACCGUGCUCCUCUACAUGCCGUGGCACAGAGAGGCGACCCUGACGAAGAUGAAGAGGUCGAGGAUGAAGAUGCCCCAAUGGUGAAUGGGACCGGCCCUAACGCACUUGAUGAGCCUGCUGGGCCGCCCUCCAGAAGGGGUCUCCAACCCCAUGGCGCUCAUCAUUCCACAGCGCGCCACCCUGAACCCCCACUCGUCAACCCUGCAGCUGGAAUCCCACCCUCUCGGUUCGAACUCUGGCCUCCCGUCCUUGCCGCCGCACCAAAACGCAAGCCUGGCCGUCCGUUUGGCAGUACCAAAAAGGACAAUUAUCGCGCAUCUAUGACACCUUCGGCUACCCGUAACGGUGGUCGCAAUACCCCUCGGCGACCGUCUGCACUGGCAAUGUUCACACCAGGAGGCAGCGUCCGCCGCGGCCGGAGCUCCAUUGUCGCGGAAUCACCCGCAGCCGAUGCAACCCCCACCCACACCAAUGCUCUUGGAUUAGAACAAGGUCAAGUAGUCGAGGAAGAAGCCGUGAUCGACGAUGAUGCCGACGCCGACGGCGAAGUCGAUGAGCUCGUGCCUGUACCAGAAGCCGGUGCAACCGUUGAAACAGAUGUUGCCAAUGACGACACUCUCCCCGACGAACAUCCCAAGACCAACGGCAUCAAAUCAGCCAAAGUUCCCGAGAACAGCGAGUCCCUCAAGACUCCCGAGAAGAAGAUCAAAAGCACCUCUCGCUCUCCAGAUACAGCCAUCUCCCUCCGAUCCCACCGGUCAGCGGACAACCCCAAAACACCACGAUCCGUCAACCGCAAAGCCCUAGUCGAAAAAGUCCAAGUCAUGGUCCCCGCUGAACCAGGCUCUGCCUCUAAAUCAGAAGGCAAAGGCAGAGGCGCCAAAACCGUCAACACAAACGGCAUCGACACCGACUCAGAUGCUGAUGCAGACGCCGAGUACGAAGUAGACGGCGACGUCGUGAUGCAGACAUAA